UCUCGCAGCGAUGACCGCUCUGCUUUUUAAAGAUAGCAUCUGAGAAUAUUGAUUAGAUUCAAAAUUUCUUAAUAGUACCUAGAAACCCUCACCAACGCUUCGAAAUAAUCGGCAAUGCACAGCGCUCUCAGCCACCGGCAACUUGGUAUCUAUCUGGCUUACAUUGUCAUCCUCUUAUGACCGUGGACCUCUAUCAGCUAGUUCCAUGUCUUUUUUGGUCACCUUGCUGCUAAAACCGUCGUACAUGCAUAGCUGGUUUACGAUCCCAGGCUCACUUUUCAGCGGUGAUGGAUCAUCCGAAUAAAAGAAUCAAAACUGGCCAUGGUGAAUGCAUGCCAGAUGUCAAGAUGGAUUCACCUACUCAGUGCCUCGCGUCACCCCUAGCUGAGAUUGGUAGCUCUUCAGAGGAUGAAGACUCGAGCUCUCUUAGGAGUCAUCGCACCCUAGACGACACAUCGAACGAAACCCCUGCCUACGAAGAUGCAGCACCUGUAACAUCCGUUUGUGUUGAUACUCCUGUUCAAGAAACAACCAGCACCAACUCUAUAAACGACGAGGCAGUUAUACACGCCCGUGCGUACCAGGUUGAGAUGUUUGAGAAAAGCCUCAAGGAGAAUAUUAUUGUUACAAUGGAUACAGGAAGUGGCAAGACCCAGGUCGCCGUACUUCGCAUUCAGGCCGAGCUUCAGAAGUGCUCAGAUAAGAUUAUCUGGUUUCUUGCACCCACCGUCGCACUUUGUGAGCAGCAGUUCAAAGUCAUUGGAUCUCAAAUUGGCGCUUUUCCUAUCAAGAUGCUCAAUGGCGCUGACAAUAUCGACGCCUGGUUCGACAAACGCAUUUGGAGCGAUUACCUGAGUAAUGUUCGUGUUGUUGUAUCAACUUACCAGAUCCUUUCUGAUGCUAUAACGCAUGCAUUUGUACAGAUAAGUCAGCUUUGUCUGAUCGUGUUUGACGAAGCACAUCAUUGCAUUGGAAAACAUCCAGGAUGUAAGAUCAUGGCGCUGUAUCGCAUAAACAAGGACAACGGCAUGCCAUGUCCAGCAAUACUUGGCCUGACUGCUAGUCCUAUUGUAAAAUCAAACCCCGACAACAUCAAGAAAAUCGAGCGGAAUCUGGAUGCAAUAUGCAAGGCCCCUACCAUCCAUCGGGAGGAGCUCUUAUCCUUCGUGAAGCGACCAGUUUUAACAUCCAUCACUAUCCCGGGUUCUGACAUUCCCCGUCACAGUGCUAAUAUGAUCAGUUUCAUCGAAGCAUUCCGAAGCCUUCAAAGUGUCAAUAUUUUCGAGGACCCAUACGUACUGAAUCUACGGAAUCAAAACAACGAGAGGAGCUCAUCUAAACUUCAAAAAGUAUUGACUAAACGCGACACCCCUGUUAUAAGACAGAUGCAGUCCACAUACCGCAAAACCACGGAAAUUCACCACGAACUUGGUUCUUGGGCAUCUAAUUAUUUCAUUUAUGAGGCUAUAACACGUUUCCUUAAGUCAUUCGACCAGGACCUUGCAUGGCUCAACAAAUGGGAGGCGACAGAAAAGCAAUACUUUGCCAACAUACUGCGACGAAUCGAAAUAAAGCCUCCGGAGCCAUUACAAAAUGCACCUGCAUCCGAUUUAUCUAACAAGUUCGCCGCUUUGGUUCGGGAGCUACAGUCAACGCCAGAUGGUACACGCUGUAUUAUAUUUGUUCUCGAGACUACUACUGUAGCUGUACUAGCUCAUAUGCUUACCAAUACCGCAUCGGUCAGCGAGCGUUUUCGGGUCGGCACAAUGAUCGGAACCAGCAACUACAUGGGUAAGAAACGAGAUCUAGGAGAUCUCAAUGAAGUGAAGAGUACCGUUUCUCUUGAGGAUUUCCGAAUGGGUAAAUUAAACCUCCUUGUCGCCACUAGUGUUGCGGAAGAAGGUCUUGAUAUCCCGGCCUGUAACUUAGUGGUAUGUUUCAAUGCACCGCCAAACGUCAAAUCUUUCAUCCAAAGACGAGGAAGGGCCAGAAUGGAAAAUUCCAGAAUCAUCAUACUAUCGGAAGAAUCAUCGGAUCAACACAAAACUUGGGCUGCUUUGGAAGAUACGAUGAAGAGACUCUACGAAGACAACGACAGAGUCGCUUGUGAGCUAGCUGAGUUCGAAAAGUUGGACAACGAUACACAUAUCCAGCCCUUGCGUAUUCCUAGCACCGGUUCUCAACUCGAUUUGGAUCAAGCAAAAUCGCAUCUAGAAUUCUUCUGUCAAAAGAUAACGUCUGGGCAGUACAUCGAGCACCGCCCGUACUUCAUUGCAGAAGAAAACAAUGACCUUCCCGACGGUGUCCCAAAAAUCAGCGCAGUAGUACGUCUACCUCCGUCAGUACACAAGUCUCUCCGCCAGAUAAGCGGGAUUAGGCGAUGGUACUCGGAACGAAAUGCUUUUAAGGAUGCUGCUUUCCAAGCAUACAAAGCGUUGUACGAAGCUGGCUUAGUCAACGACCAUCUGAUGCCACUGACAGACGAUAUCCUAGAGGGAGUUGAAACUCGUAGCUCAAUCAAGGAGGUUAACGGCCCCUGGAAUCCGUGGUAUAAGGUUGCUCAGCUAUGGGGGCAGGAGAACGAACGGACCCGGCGAGGACUUCUUUUGAAAGACGGCGACCGAGUCAUGGCCAGGUUUGAAGCAUCACUACCUUGCCAUUUCCCUGAAUUACCAUCAUUUGACAUUUUCUGGGACCCUGAUACCACAUGGACUGUUGAGUUAAGCAAGCAAUCCAGUCAUGUCGAGGCGAAUGCUCUGGAAGAAGAUCAGAGCGCGGCUCUGAUACAUUUAGCAUAUGGUCAUCGGUGGACAGUAGAGAACUCGCCACAUGUUUUACAUCUUCAAUCUACCGAGGAUAUCGCAUUCCGUGAGCACGUAGGACAGCAAGAUGUGGAGAAGGGGUGUCUCAACCACGGGUCAGUCGUUCGAACCACGGGCGGAAUACCUCACUUAUUCAUAGGAUGGCUGCCUUCAGAACCGCCGCGAGAGCUCGUGGAAAGAGUCGAAAAACAGUUGCAGGAGGUAAUACCGGAAGUUCCGUGGUUGGUACUUAGAAAGUGGCCAAAACGUGAAGACUUCCUUCAUCCAGCUACUCGUUCUUCGAAACAAAAGGGACGAUAUCCCCCCGCAUUUCCCGUAUCGCAUUGCACGGUAGACACCAUAGACUCUUCCAAAGCGUACUUUGGUAACAUUAUCCCCGCCAUUGUUCAUAUGAUCGAGGUUCAUCUCAUAGCGCAGGAGCUGUGUCACACGGUAUUAGAAAGAGUCGACUUUUCGGACACAACUCUCGUCGCCACGGCAAUCAGUUCGCGUGCCGCAGGAGAACGGACGGAUUACGAAAGACUCGAAUUUUUAGGAGAUUCCGUUCUAAAAUUACUAGCGACGGUUUCUGUCAUGAUAAAAUGGCCGCAGUAUCCAGAAGGUUAUCUUUCCGCGAUGAAAGAUCGGAUUGUAUCUAACUCAAGGCUCUGUCGCGCUUCAACCGACAAUGGGCUCGAUAAAUUCAUCUUGACGAACAAGUUUACGGGGAAGAAGUGGCGUCCUCUCUAUAUCAAGGACUUCCAGUCCAAUGAUGAGAGCCCCACAAGGAGAGAUUUGUCCACAAAGACUCUUGCAGACGUUGUCGAGUCCUUGAUCGGAGCCGCUUAUGUGGAUGGAGGUAUGAAGAAAGCACUGACUUGCCUGGGAGUCCUCCUGCCGGAAGUGCAGUGGUUCAGCUUGACUGACGCAUAUGGGAUCAUUUCCAAUGAGAGAGAGAUCAUGACGCGACCACCUCCUGGCUAUGAGAAGGUAGAGGAACUUGUUGGCUACACAUUUCAGAACAAAGCACUGCUCAUGGAGGCUUUAACGCACGCUUCCUGGGGUGUGAAUUCAUCUACAGACGCAUGCAUGGAGAGACUAGAAUUCCUCGGCGAUUCUAUUCUCGACAGCGUCAUUGUUUCUGUCCUUUGGGGACAGGAACCGGAACUUACGAAUAACCAAAUGCAUCUUGCGCGAACAGCUUCCGUCAAUGCCGACUUGCUUGGCUUCCUGGCCAUGGAGUGGUACACUUUACAGGAGGAUACUGAAAUUUCCAAGAUAGAUCUCAGCACUAUCGUAACGCAGAAGCUCGUUCCAUUCUGGAGAUACAUGAGACACGGGGCCCCCGAAGUCGUCCGGGACCAACAGCUCGCAGAACAGCGACACCAUGCAGAGCGACAAGGGAUUCUCGAUGCUAUAGCCCACGGCGCGGAAUACCCUUGGGCACAGCUCGCCCAUCUCAACCUCCCCAAGUUCUUCUCCGACAUGGUCGAGAGUCUGAUCGGUGCUGCAUGGGUCGACUCGGGCUCUAUGGAAGUAUGCAAGGAGAUUGUAGAGAGAAUCGGGAUCCUCCCUUACCUUCGCCGCCUACUAAAGGACAAGGUCAACAUAAGACACCCCAAGAACAAGCUCGGCGAGCUCGCUGGGAGAGAAAGGAAGAAAGUGAGAUAUGAGACUGAAGUGCGCGUCGACGCUGGGGUUAAAGACCUCUUCUGCAGGAUCUUCAUUGAUGAGAAGCUUAUCUUGGAGGUCGGCGGUGGUGUUACGCCUGAAGAAGUCAUGACGAAAGCGGCGGAUGAAGCGUAUCAUAUGCUCAUGGCUCGAGGGAAUGAUAUAGAGGAUACGGCUACGACGGAAACGAUUAUGUGAGCGAAUGAUAGCGUUAAGACUGUUUUCAGUCAUUGGUUUUCGUAACGCCAGAAUGAAUACGUGAUGACAACGAAUAGAUUUUUUUUAACUACUGAAAUCGCUGUCUGAUCUGCAUAUUUGAAGCAGCUCCAAAUUCUAUUGUUCUGAACAGCAUAUAUAUCCCCAUGCUCGUUAUGUAACCUCAAGUGUGUGUACCGGUGUUGCCCUGCGUUAGC